AUGUUAAGUGACUUACAUUUGGAUAUCGCUGAGUUUAGUAGUUAUUACUUUACCGAGUAUAUCAGAGUGAUGGCAGUGACAUCUAGAGAAAUGGAAGCAAUGGAUUUAGAUGGAGAUUCUGUUGUUGACUUGAGUGUCAGUAGCGUGAGACGGGAGUCCUCAGCAUCGAGCAACCUGAGCACUGAACCAGUACCGCUUAAUUUGGGAAUCAAUUUCUCGGGUAACAAUGCAGAAAUUUUGGAGCCAAGGAAUAUCCAAAACUCCUCUCGGGGAAUUCUGGCCCCUAAAACGGGAGAGGACAGGAGGCCAAGAAGAAUCCUGAGACCCAGGACGGAGAAAAGUUACGCUGAGAGCCCGGAUGAGCCCCGAAUUAAUGGUUACGUUAAUGGUAAUAAUUCGGACAGUGAAGAAGGUGAAAUGCCGCCACUUUUGCCAAUAAAAGAGUUGACGUCAGACGAGCUGGCUGAAAGGGAGAAAAACUUGAGGAAACUCAAGGAAGACUUGAGGUCUGAGGAAAUGAAGCUUGUUUUGUUGAAGAAAAUUAAACAGUCGCAACAGCUCAAAGAAAAUAUUGCGGCGAUACCGCCUAAAGUUGUUAAUAAAGUACCUCCACCUGUAACAGUUCAGCCAGUAGCACACAGUCACAGAGUAACAAAGGCACCACCACCUUUAUUGAGAGGCCAGCCUGCGCCGAGUCGCAGCAGCAGUUUACAUGCUCCACCUCCGGGGAUGCUUUUACCGCCAAGCGCGGGAAGAAAUCCAACAUCAAGUACGGGAAUGCCACCAAAUAUGGUUAUACCACAACCACCUCAUCCGCGAACUCGACCUCCUAGUGUCACUGGAAACGUUCCUUCUUACCACGCUCCACCCGACAGGACUGAGCGAUCUACCAAGGAUCCUACGCCCGUUCCCGCGCAUCAACUUGUUGGAUCUCAAGAAAGCAAAACUACGACUGCUAUUAACACUCCUGUAAUUCCUGAACAGGAGCGACCGAGGGAGGAUAGUCAGAGGCCAGCUCAAAGACAAGCGGCAGCCAAACUCGCUUUGAGAAAUCAGCUGGAGAAAACACUCCUCCAAAUACCACCACCAAAGCCUCCACCUCCAGAGAUGCACUUCGUACCCAAUCCGUCAAACACCGAAUUUAUUUAUCUCGUGGGGUUGGAACACGUUGUCGAUUUUAUAACGAAAGAACCAGCCAUACCGCCACCUCCAGAACCCUUUGAAUGCACCCAGUGUAAGACUGAUUUUACGCCUGUGUGGAAAUGGGAAAAACCCGCGACGAAUGGCAAAAAAGAAGGACCACGUGGACAACAUGCGACAUUCCUGCGGCCUCCCGCUGGACGUGAUCCUCGAGUUAUUUGCGAGCAUUGUGUGACAACUAAUGUUAAGAAAGCACUUAAAGCUGAACAUACUAAUCGGUUAAAAACAGCAUUCGUAAAAGCUUUGCAACAAGAACACGAAAUGGAGCAAAAAUUAGCACAAGCAGCAAGUCCAAGCCCGGAUCCUCCAGCACCAAAACCAGUUCCAAAGGCCGUGACACCUACCAGAAGAGUAGCAACACCUCCAGCACCUCAGCCCUCAGUCCAAGUCCCUCCACCCGCUCCUACUCCACCUACACCAAAACUCCAAGACCACCCUCUGGUAAAGCUCGCCGAGAGUGGUAAAUUUUCUCCACAUCACGCGGCAGCGGCCGCAGCCCUCCAGCAGCAGUUGAUAAGAGAGUUGACGAAAUCUCAAGUACCCGGGCUGCCACCUCACCAGCCGUUACCAGCUCACAUGAUGCCGCAGUUCAAUCCUCUUCUGUACCCGUAUCAGCUCGCGAUGGCUCAAGCUGCCGGUAGCAAGGGGAUGGUCGAGCUCCAGAGACAAGCUGCCGACCUUCAACGCCAAUAUCUGCUCGACAUGAUACCUUCUCAAGCCUCCCAAGGUCAAGGUAACCAAGCACCCUCACGAGCACACCCGCAUAAUUGGAAAACGUAA